CCGAAUGACAGAGGACCUUGAAUGGCGCGUCCUGAGUGAGAGUGAGAAAGAGAGGGAAAGGAAAGGAAGGAGGAAGUCUCUCUUAUUAUGUGUGUCCACAUUCAUUCAUUGCCAUUGCUUUCUUCCAACCCCUUCAACCCAGCAACAACACACUAUAAAACCCCUUUCACCAUCACAUGCCAUACCCACACCACUCCCCAAAUUCCCCUCAGAUUCAGAUACCCAAUCUCUCUUUUUUUUCUGACUAGGGAACUUGUUUGCAAUGGCAACUCUGAGCAAUUCAACAAAUAUCUUUUGGCAAGAUUGUCAAAUAGGCAGGGCUGAAAGGCAGAAGCUACUGAACCAAAAGGGAUGUGUUGUAUGGAUUACUGGACUCAGCGGAUCAGGAAAAAGCACAUUGGCAUGUUCCCUAAGCAGAGAACUGUAUUCAAGGGGAAAGUUAUCUUAUGUCCUUGAUGGAGAUAACCUUCGGCAUGGACUAAACAAAGAUCUUGGUUUUAAAGCUGAAGAACGCACUGAAAACAUUCGCAGAACUGGAGAAGUGGCAAAACUCUUUGCUGAUGCUGGUUUGAUAUGUGUUGCCAGUCUGAUAUCUCCUUACAGAAGAGAUCGAGACACUUGCCGAUCCAUGUUACCUGAUGCGAAUUUUAUUGAGGUUUUCAUGAACAUGCCCCUAGAAUUGUGUGAGGCACGAGAUCCAAAAGGCCUCUAUAAGCUUGCUCGUGCGGGAAAAAUCAAAGGUUUUACCGGCAUUGAUGACCCAUAUGAGCCACCCUUAAAUUGCGAGAUUGAGAUAAAGCAGGAUGGAGGCGUUUGUCCAACACCAACUGUGAUGGCUGGACAAGUAGUUACUUACUUGGAGAAGGAAGGUUUUCUUGAACAUUAG